GUCAAAUGUACCGUUACUUGUCGCUUAUACAGCGUAUGAAGUAAUCGAGACACGAGGUUGACUCCUGCAUAUCCGACAUAUCCGACUUGCAGACAUGUUAGCUGGCACGUCAACACCAUGCGGCUUACGCGCUGUUUCAACUCGGUCUGCAGCAGGAGGCGUGCUCUAUCCAGCAUUGCCUACAGGGCCUGCUCGGACGUCGACGUGCUUUGCCCCUUGCCAUGACUUCAAUGCGCCUACACAGCCUGUCCUAUUGCGACGAGCGCGCAAAGGAGUGGUACCAGCAGCUGUCUCUCAAGCGCCGACCACCAACACUGUUGCGCAACUAGUACACCAAAACAGCAAGCCGAUGAAAGUCAUUAUUGCUGGGGCUGGCAUUGGUGGCCUGCUGCUUGCUGUUGCGUUAUUAAAGCAAGGGUUUGAAGUUCAAGUAUACGAGCGCGACCUCACAGCCAUUCGCGGAGAGGGCAAGUACCGGGGACCCAUCCAGAUUCAAAGCAAUGCUUUGGCUGCUAUGGAGGCGAUUGACCAGGAGGUGGCUGACGAGGUUAUGCGCGAGGGCUGCAUUACAGGCGACCGCGUCAACGGCCUGUGCGAUGGUCUAACGGGAGAGUGGUACAUCAAGUUCGACACUUUCCACCCUGCGGUUAAGAAGGGCCUGCCUGUGACGCGCGUCAUUAGCCGCGUCACGCUGCAGCUCAUCUUGGCGCGUGCUGUGGAGCGGCUGGGCGGCCCCAGCGUCAUCUGCAAUGGUUGCGGCCUCCGGAGCUUCGAGGAGCGCACCAGCCCCGCCACCGGCCGGCCCGAGGUUGUCGUACAGUUGGAGGACGGGCGCAGCGCCUCCGCCGACUUGCUGGUUGGCGCUGACGGCAUCUGGUCCACCGUGCGGAAGCAGCUGAUCGGGGAGACCAAGGCGACGUACAGCGGGUACACCUGCUACACAGGCAUUUCGGACUUCACGGCUGCUGACAUUGACAUCGUGGCCUACCGCGUGUUCCUGGGCAACGGACAAUACUUUGUGAGCAGCGAUGUGGGCAACGGCAAGAUGCAGUGGUACGGUUUCCACAAGGAGCCCCCCGGCGGCACCGACCCCGAGGGCGGCCGCAAGGGCCGGCUGCUGGAGAUCUUCGGGCACUGGAACGACUACGUGGUCGACCUCAUCAAGGCCACUCCGGAGGAGGAUGUGCUGCGGAGGGACAUCUUUGACAGGCCGCCCAUCUUCACCUGGGCCAAGGGCCGAGUGGUCCUGCUGGGAGACUCGGCGCACGCCAUGCAGCCCAACCUGGGGCAGGGCGGCUGCAUGGCCAUCGAAGACGCCUACGAGCUCGCCCUCGACCUCUCCAACGCCCUGUCCGCAGCGGGCGGCGACGCGGGUGCGGUGGACCUGGAACCCGUCAUGCGCACCUACCAGGAUAACCGCCUGGUCCGCGUCUCCUCCAUCCACGGCAUGGCGCGCAUGGCAGCCUACAUGGCUUCCACCUACAAGUGCUACCUGGGAGAGGGGUGGAGCAAGUGGGUGGAGCGGCUGCGCAUCCCGCACCCGGGGCGGGUGGUGGGGAGGCUGAUGAUGCUGGUCACCAUGCCGGGUGUGCUGGAGUGGGUGUUGGGCGGGAACACAGAUCACGUGGCACCCAACCGUACGGCGUACUGCUCGCUUGGAGACAUGCCCAAGGCGUUUCCGGAGAGCCGGUUUGGGGAGUUCAUGGCGAAUGAUGAGGCGAUUGUACGGGCGCUGCAUGCGGAUUGGCUGCUGGUUUCGGAGCGAGCGGCGACGUCUACCCGAAUGGUUGCUCCUGCUGCUGCUGCUGCUCCUGAAGCCGGUAACGGUAUCAACGGUAGCCGGCAGCAGCAGGCGGUUGAGGAGGAGGAGGAGGUGGAUGUGAACAGCAGUGCGGAGUGCAAGGGUAUUUACAUUGGCGACGAGCCGGCGCUGGUGGGUCGCUGCGGCAGCGCCUCGCGACCGGCCCUGGCAGUGGACGAUGUGCACGUGCAUGAGCGACAUGCACAGGUGUGGCGAGGGCCGCGCUCGGCUUCCGACCAUAACAUCAUCAACAACAAUGGCAACAACAACAACAACAGCAGCAAUGUGAAUGAGAGCAGCAGCUACUUCCUUCGCGACCUGGCGACGGGGCGAGGUACCUGGGUGAAUGGGCAGCGGCUGCCGGAUGGGGCCACGGUGCGGCUGUGGCCGGGGGAUACCGUGGAGUUUGGGCGGCACCCCAGUCACGAGGUGUUCAAGGUAAAGCUGCAGCAUGUGUCGUUGCGGAGUGAGGAGCUGCGAGGCAACGGGUACAGCACGCUGCUGGUGGGAAAGAUCCGGGCGCCGCAGCCCUUCCUGGAGCCGGCGUAUGAGCCCAAGGCGGGUGCAGGGGUUGGUGCUGAGGAGCAGGGGAAGCUGGUGGCGGCGUGAGGAGAAGGAGGAGGUGGAGAGGGUUCUGAUGCAGUUAGUAGUUGAGGUGUGAUGAGGCUUGACGUUUGUAUGUUGUAAGGAGGAACUUGGCCGCGGGUUGGAAGGUAGUGGAUUGUCGGAAGAUGAUGUUCCCACCAAAAUGCCACGGGAGAGGAGGAGUAGGUUUUGUCAACAUACAACUGUAUGGUUGCUUGGUACAACUGGUUGUCGCGCGGCGGAUGUGCGUUGGUUGUAUGUGUUAUGUACGUGCUUUCAACGUGUUUGUAUGUUGAGAUGCCCUGUCGCGCGAAGUGGAGCUGUGUGGCUGAGAAGACAAGAAUGCUGUUGUCAACUGGGCUGCAAAAUGUUGGGCCCUAAUGGCUGUGCAAUCACGUUAUGCGGCCCUGUUUAUUCGGCUUACGGUACACACGCAGGUUGCAGCGAUAAUGCAAAAGCCGAACAAGCCAAACAGGAGUAGUAGUGUUGUGCGUUUUGGCUUGUGAUAUAUGAGUUUUUGGUUCCACAAUAGUGCAAGAUCCAAGUUGUUGCUUGAAGGAUUGCGGAAGGCUUCAGGCCGGAUUUUGCGGUGGUUAACGGCGGUUUCAGCGUUCCAGGUAAACGGAGAGACACAACUUACAGAGACGAGCUGUGAGGUUGCUUAACAUGGUCUUACCCACACACACAGUUUUGGCAGAGGAGUGGAGUUCACACAUGGCGCGGUUUUGAUGUUGAGAGAAGAGGGCUCGAGGAGUGUGUUUGUCGUGUCGAGGGUCGUGUUAAGCUGCUGUUGCUGCUGCCGAUGAGGGUGGUGGUGAGGGGGGUGCUGCUUUCGUGCGCGCGUUCUUUGGUUCUGUAUGAGGUUUGAUGCUUUUGCUGCAGAUUCUGCUGCUGCAGUUUCUGCUGCAGUAGCUGCUGUUGCUGCUACAGCCACUGUUGCCGUUAUUGUUAAGUGGAUCGGAAAGGCGAACGCCAGAGGCGAGGGCGAAUCGUGAUGCUUGAAAGCUGCUACAAGGGCUUCAGCCUGAGCUGUGGAGGAACCUGGGCACCUGGUUUGUGGGAGGGUGUGGUGCAAUGUUGCGGAGAGACGGUGUGGUAUUUUGUCGCGUGAGGGAACAUCCCAGGAUAGAUAGGCUGAUAGGCAUGAAUUGUUGCAUGCAUUUACAGAUUGUAGGUUUAAGGCAAUUUGCUGGAGGUAAGGAAAUGGAGUUGCACGGUGCGUGGCUAGUAGAGCAAGUGCGGAGAGGAAGAGAUGGGGAGAGAGGCUGGGUACUCGGGUAUUUGCGGCUGAUGACACACAGCGUCAGAAGGACCGGGUGUGGAAAGGGGCCAGGGGCCAUGGGGGUGGUUCGUUACGCUGCUGUGCAUGUCCAGCUUCGGUUAACACCGGUAUAGGUCCUGAGUGCGGAUGUCUACGUGUGUGUUUUGAGGACGGUUUGGUAGUUAGGCACUGCAGCCUUACGUGCACAAUGCGAGCUACGCUGCUCGGGAGUGAGGGGCUUGAGAGCUGAAGUAGUAGGAUAUGUUAGGAGUCCCCAGUCGGGCGCCGGGUGUGGGGACUGUUGGGGUACGCAUCGCAUGCGACCCUAAGCAGGCCAGGUGGUGUGGGUGUUAUGGGAUUUAGACACGUGGAAAGGUAAGGAUGCAAGCUGUGUUCGUGUGUUUUCCUAAUUGUAUGUGUUCGGCAUUGCGACAAGGAGAGCAAGAUUAAUGCAAGAACUGAAACAACAACGAGGGUGCCAGCAGGGCCCCACUGCUUGUGCUGGGCUACAACAUGUACGGUAGGGAACAAAGACGUGGCUUAGGACAUGCCUAUCUUCCAAGAUUGUAAACGGAGACUGUGU